GUUCGCACCUUCCCCCUGUGCCGCCCCAGGUCCCCGAGCUCCCGCCCCGGGUCCCUCCAGGCCGGCGACGGCGAAAGUGCGCAGCUGUGGGCCGAGCUGCAGCGCACAGUGAGCGCGGACUGGAGCCUGGACGGCGAGCUGCCGCCGCUGCCCGCUUUCCCCGGCCAGGAGCCCAGGAGCAGCCCCCAGCACACCGCAUCCCCCGAGGUCUUCACCGUAGGAUCGGAGACCUUUUACUGGACACCCUUCCCGCCGCCCCCGAGAGGAGGUGGGGGUCCAGGCCGCUCAUAUCGGGUGCUCCGUGGGGGCGGUGAGCACCCGGGGUCCCCCGCCUGUUCUCCGCAGGGACCCUGCACGCCGGAUUCCCACGAGAUUCCCUGCGCCCAGGAGCAGCCACCGGCGGAAGGGGCGCAUAGUCUACGGAGCUGCCCCCUGUGCCAGGCCGACUUCGCCCCAGGGCUGGCCCAGCUGGACAUCGACAGCCACCUCGCCCAGUGCUUGGCGGACAGCACGGAAGACGUGGUGUGGUGAGCCGCCCGGCUUGCUCCCCUCUGUGCGACACAGGGAGAAGCUGUGUAUAAAAACAUGUCGCUGCUUGUGUCCUGUUUGUUGAGACCAAGACAGUGGACCCUCCUUUCUGUCUUGGCUCACGCGCAGCAGAGACUGACCACCACUCGGACCCAGGCCCGGGCGGGCAAGCCGGCUUGUCUGUGCUCAGGUGACAGGCUGGGGCAGCACGUUCUAAUAACCCUGCCGUUCACUGCCGUAUCCGUUCCCCAGACAUGCUUGUCCUCAUGCCGCCUGGAACAGAAUUUAAGGCGGAGGGCGUCGGCAGAGGCGCCAUGGGUGGCGGACAGGCCGUGACCACAGCCUGGGCUCAGCCUCGCUCGACUCUCAGGGAGGCUGGGACGAGAGCACCUGCCAGCCGAUGUCCCCACGGUGCUGGUCGGCCAGAGUCCGAAGAUCCCGGCUUCGGUGCCAAUUCAGGCUUGACACCCUUGUCUCUGCCACGGGCACGGCGGUCACAGGGGGCCCAAUGUGAACCCCUGAGAUGAACUUGCAGAAGUCCAUUAUUUUCCUUUCAAAAAUGGCCUCCCCCAGCCUGGAAAAGAUGUGGAGGGAAGCUAAGUACAAGCUAUUAAGUGAAAGAUGCCAAGCCGAAAAGGCCACGUCUUGCAUGAUUCCAGUGACACGAGAUUCUGGAAAAGGCACGACGAUGGAGACAGUAAAGAGAUUAGUGUGUGAUGGAGGGGACGGGGAGGAGGGUGGGGAGCACGAAGGCAGCGAGACAACUGUACCAUCAUCACAGGAAACACGUGGCAUCAAACAUUUUGUCCCAACGCAUGGGAUGUGCAGCACCAAGAUGUAAAGGGGACCCUGGGUGAUGAGCUGUCCUUUGUAAGUCGUGCACCCCUGUGGGUGCUGACGGGAGGCUGUGCGUGGGGCGGGGGCACGUGGGAAACCUGUGCCUGCCCCUCAAUUUUGCUGUGACCCCAAAACUGCCCUAAGAAUAAAAUCUACUUUUAAAAAGUGGUUUCAAAAA